AGAAGACGACAUUUAAAGUCUUCGAACAGCAUUUUUAGAAAAUCUUCCAAAAUGUUGAGUUUAAGUUUGUUAACUCAAUUUUUAAUAUUUACAGCAUGCACCCAUGCUGCAAGCUUGGACAAGGAUUUUGUCAGAUCUGAUUCAAGGAUUAUAAGAGGACGACCUUUAUCUGAUACCGCCCGGAGAGAGGAUGAUGGAUUUGAUUAUGAUCAUGAUGCAUUUCUUGGAGAUGACCUUAGCUCCCAGUUUGAUGCUCUCAGUCCUGAGGAAUCACUGCGAAGGUUGAAAAUAAUCCUGGGAAGAAUAGAUUCAAAUGGAGAUGGGUAUGGUUAGGAAUUAUUCAGAAAA